GUAUUUUGACAGACGGCAUUUGAUGUUGUGAAGCGCGGCGUGCACAGUCGUGUUUGGUGAAAUUAGUUCCAGAAACAAUCCAACCGCAGAAUGGCACGUGAAAUCUUAACAUUCCAGCUGGGCAAUUACUCCAACUACAUCGGUACACACUGGUGGAACAUACAGGAAUCAUCGUUCAACUAUGAUCCAAACGCGGAACCAUCGGAAAUCGAUCACUCGAUACUGUAUCGCGAAGGUCAAACGAGACAGCGGCAAGUUACCUUUACACCGCGCCUGCUAAUGCUCGAUCUGAGCGGAACACUCAAACACGUGCCCCGCACCGGCGAUCUUUACGAGCAACCGCUCGACCCGGACCAAAUUGCCACCGACAAUCCUGCCGAGCUACCGGACAUCGGUUGGGAGUCGGAAAAAGUGGAGGUAAUUAAACAGCAAGAUAAACCUGCCGAACGGCACCCCUACCAGAAGGAUCUGCUCGAAGCGAGUACUUCCAGCGCCAAUGGUGAGGAGGAAGCGGAAAAAGAUUACAACUUUGCCGCCACGGUGCAAGAUUGGAUCGACUACAGCUACACCCGGUACCAUCCGCGCAGCAUCAACGUGAUCGAGCGGUAUACACAUUCCCGGGAAGAGGCACAGCUCGACACGAUCACGAACGGGAUGGAGCUGUGGAAGGAUUACGACUUUCAGGACGAGUUUACCGACCGUGCCCGCCAGUACAUCGAAGAGUGCGACGGUUGCCAAGGCUUCCAGAUGCUGUUCGACUGUGCCGAUGGAUUUUCCGGUGUGGCGAUAAAACUGCUCGAACAUCUGCAGGACGAGUACGGCAAAGCAACGCUGCUCUUUCCGGUGUUCCCACCGAAAGCACCCACGUUCAAAAGUGCCGACGAGCCCAUGAACCAUUCGAUAAGGGUGGUCAACACUGCGCUCGCUUUUGCACAGCUGCCGGACCAGUGUUCCCUGUUUGUGCCACUCUCGACAAUGGGCCGCUGUUGGCGCAAUGUGGCUGAACCGCGCGCACUGCCCAAUCUUCUGUACGAUCCAGCCAAUUUCUAUCAAACUUCCGCCAUCCUGGCAAGCUUUCUGGAAACGGCUACGCUGCGCUACCGUUUGAAAGGAUCGGCCACAACCGGUUCGGGCGCAUACCUUUCCGGCCUGUGCGGCGAUUUGAGUGCGCACGGUCGGAAGAUGGCUGCCGCGGGGCUCGCCUUUCCCUUCCCACUGGAUGGCAAGCAGGAUCUGAUCGACUUUCUGGAUCAGCUGGACGGCAAAAGUCUCACGGUACAGCUGUCUCCCAACGCGGUCGUGCGCAAACGAGCCGUCAUCCAGUCGGUGUGUGCCCGUGGACUGCCCCAGAACCGGCUGAAACGGCCACCGACGGCCAAAUCGGCCCAACGGCAGCAGGCAAUGCCCGCGUACCGGUGCAGCAACGUGAGUGAAAUGCUACAGUUUUACUACUCCUGCAGUCUCGAGGUUAGCAUGUCGCACGUCACCUCGGUCCAAAGCCCCAUGCCCAUCCGGCAACCGUUCCCGGUGGAGCUGUUUGACAAGCGCGUCGGAUUUGACGGUUUCCUUACCGACGAUCCGCUGGCCCAAGCGGCCCUGCCGUACGUCCAGAGCUGUCCGGCGCUGGCUGCGAUACAAUCGUCAUCCGAUUUGGGCGACGGGUUGGAGGCGUUGCACCGGGAGGUUAGCCGUAUCCGGCUGGCAAAAAUACCACGCUUUGCGGAGUGUGGUCUGGAGGAGGUGGACUACAAGGAACACAUCGAGCGGUUGCUAGAGUUUAAGGAAAAUUACGACGAAAACUACGAACUGUAAAAAUCGGCGCGAACGGUAAAGAAGUUUUUCCACGUGUAGCAGUUAAAUGCGUUAAGUGCUUUAGAAGGGGAGAAAAGGCUCCGUCUACCUCUCUCUCCUCGCAAACGCCGCAAUAAAAAGUAUGCUAAAAUGCACAAUAA